AUGGAAACUUCACGAAAUCGACAGCCACGUCAACGUCGACCCAGUUGGACAGAUUAUGCUAGGCGAAGAAGACAGAACAUGACCGAAGAACAGAGACAACAAUACCUGGCUAGAAGACGUGCAAGUUAUCGAGAGAUGAUUCGACAAGGAAAACAAGUUGCCAUAUCAACUGAUACAACUUCAAUGGCAAAUACUGGUGGAGGUGCCCGAUUAACUACAAACAUAGGGGUAGCCAGAUUGACUACAAUUAGACAAAUGGCCAGAGCUACCACUUAUCAUCAAUCUAUUACAGGAAUGGAAGCGCAUGGCAAUAGAACUGCCACAGGUGUAGAUCAAGACACCGUUACAACUACUAAUUCAAUUCCUCAACCAAUUGCUUCUUAUGAACCAACUAUAAACAAUACUAGAAGCCAUGCAAAUAUAAAUGAAAUUAGACACCAUGUUCGAACAUCCCACAAUUGUGCUCGAAAUUUUCAAGAGAAUACAAUAGUGCUUCAAACUACACUGCCUCCUACAAGGACAUGUACACACUGUAAUGCACGUCUGUUUCACCAUGAAACAUUUGACAUGUGUUGCAAUGGAGGAAAAGUCUCUUUGCCCCAAGUAAAUGCUCCUCAGGAAUUACUAGACAUCUUCUUAGACCCUUCUGCAGAAGGGAACAAUUUUAGGAAACACAUUCGUGGUUACAAUCAUGUUUUUUCAUUCACUUCGUGUGGUGUACACAUAGACGAACAAUUAGCUUCAGCAAGUCAUGGUAUAUAUACAUUCCGUCUUGCACAACGACUAGAUGUGCAAGAGUGUAGUUUGGUGAUCAGAGAGCGACCUGCUAAUCAACCACAAUACAGUCUCCCAACUGCUUCACAAGUAGCAGCCAUAAUAGUCGGUGAUGAUAUUGAAACAAUGGUGCGAGGACGGAAUAUCAAGGUUCAAACUCAUGCUGGUAAUCUCAGAAGGAUUCAAGAGUUUGUUGGGUAUUACGAUCCACUACAAUAUCCUCUUCUUUUUCCAUUUGGAACCCAUGGAUGGGAUAUAAAUACUCGAACCCAACGUGGAAACAAAGUAUCAUGCCGGACAUAUUAUAGCUAUAUGCUCCAGAUCCGCCCCAAUGAUCACUCAACAGUUUUGCAAGAGGGGCGACUUCUUCAACAAUAUGUUGUUGAUAACUAUGUGAAAAUGGAAACAGGCAAGUUAAGAUGGGUUCGACAAAGACAAAAAGAACUUCGAGCUGAACUGUAUCAAGGCUUGCAAGAUGCUUUGCACACAGGAGAGAAUAAUGCUGAAAAUGUUGGCAGAAGAACGAUAUUACCAUCGUCGUUCGUGGGCAGUCGUCGAGACAUGACUCAACGGUACGAGGAUGGAAUGGCUAUUGUUCUUAAAGAAGGCAAACCGGAUAUUUUUCUAACUAUGACAUGCAAUCCAUCAUGGUCAGAAAUAGCUUCGGAACUCAGUCCUACUCAAACUCCACAGGAUUGUCCGGAUCUAACAACUAGGAUUUUCAGAGCCAAGUUCGAACAAUUAAAGCAGGAUGUUAUUACCAAAGGUGUAUUGGGAAAGGUGAAAAGUUAUAUUUAUGUCACCGAAUUUCAGAAAAGAUGA